ACGUUAACCAGCCCAAGCAGGAGCACUUGCUUGCUCUGAAAGGGAACCUGAAAUGAUUGCAAACUUCUUAGCGGGGAAAACCAGGAGAGCAAGAGAGUCCUGUUUUCCACUGAUCUUUGCAGCAUGGGGCAAGGAAAUUCUUGUAAAUAAGAUGUUUCAGUCUAGAUUUGAGAAUCCUAAUCAAGAGACUGUUCCUUUUCUUAAGAAUAACUGGAUUCCUACUCUACAAGCAUGGAAGUAGUCUUGCAUUAUCGACCACAUCAGAGAGAUCUAAUAAAACUGCAGAAAUUUGCAGAAGCAGCAGUGAAGGAGUUUCCCAUUCGUCGGUUACCAAGAUUUACACCCUGGUUUCCAAAUGAUUUAUACAGAUUUCCCCUCAAGCCAAAAAAGCAGCCACCUGUUAUUUCUUGUGAGGAAGCAGAAGAACUGAAACAACUUUCUACACCUUCAGAAUAUGUUACAGGAUCUCCUGAUUAUGACUGCACAAAAAAUCUCCUUGAGUUUCAGUCUAAUGUGAAACAUGGGCAGACUUUAAUCCAAGCACAAACUGUUCACGGACCAAUUAACUUGGAGAAUCAAGGAGAACCACCACUUCACGGAAAACAAAAAUUGAAAAGGUCUUGGAGUGUCUCUCUCCCUAGCCCUAAGCUUAAAGAAAAGAUUCUUCCUUUAUCUCAAGAACUGCAAAAUAAUUUGGAAAGACUAAAAUUGCAUGCAUUUUAUAGAGCAAAGUGGACAAUUGAACAGUCCGUUUGUAACAAUCAGAAUUUGGAGGACAUCUGGAUAAAAUUGAAUAGACUCAUCAAGCAGAAUGAAUUGCCAUCUUGCAAUGCUACUAUCCAAAGAUCUGUGGGACAGAUAUGGAUUUUCUGUGAUAUAUUAUACUGUGAAUAUGUCAGAAAUAUUCUUAGGGAAAAGCUAAGCCUUACUGAUAAAAUGAAUUUGCUUGUACAUAAAUUUGGAAUUAUAUUUAGUUUAUAAUUGUAAGAUAGAGUUUCAUAACAAAAUUGCUGUCUGAAGUACUAGAGUUUUUAAGCAGCUUAGAAUAUACAAACUUUAGAACAACUGAUGAAUUAACAAGCAGAAAACUAUUUAAUAUUUGCUACAGUUUUUUAACUGUAAUAAUAUAUUCAUUUAACUUUGUUUUGCCAGGAGGCUUGUGAAUGGUUCUAUUAAGAUUAAUAAGUUUCUGUUUGGCUUAGUACUGCAUUUUGUGGCUUUUCUCUACCUUGGUGGUCUAAAGGAAAAAAAAUGAAAAUAAAAAUUCCAGACUAUUAUGGCAAGCUGUGUCAGAUAAUAAAAUUUAUGCUUUCAGUCAAGCA